CAGAUGAAAGAACAAUUUAUUUUCGAAGUAUUACCAUGGUUUAUCAAUGGUUUUUGUAAAUGCAAUUUCUUGAUAAACCAUAAAAUCUAAAAAAGAACAACAUAAAGCCUUAUUUUUCCUCGAUAAGUCAUUUAAAUUGAAUCAUUGUUACUAACAAUGAUUCAACCUGAUUAUCAAUCAGCCAUGGGGCUUCUGGCUCAUUUAAAUUCUGACGAACUCAAGGAAAUGCUCAAUGAUGAUGCAAAGUUUGAUGCAGUUCUAAAAGAUGUGAAACAGAUAAAAGAUUGGGAUACAGAAAAAGAAAUGAUAAUAGCCAGCAAUCGUUCAUUGGCUGAAUUCAACCUGAGCAAGGAACCGGAACUAGAAGAGUUAAAGGCACAGGUUCAGCAGAAGUCUGAAACCGGGGAACAGCUGUGCACACGCAUCCAGGAGCUACUUGAUGAAUACAAAACAAAAUCAGCUGGAAUUUCACCAGGCACUACACUGGCUCUACUUCAAACAUCUGCAGCUGAAUCUGAAGAACAGUCAGAUGAGAUUGCGCAGGACUUUUUAUCCAAGAAGAUAGAUGUGGAACAAUUUCUAACAGAUUUUGAACCAAUCAGAAAAAAAAUGCAUUUAAAGAAAUUCAAAGCAGAAAAAAUGAAUGAACUUUUGAGAACUGGAAGUCAAAGUUCAUAUGGCAAUGGUUUCUCAAAACCUUAUUUGCCAUAUCCUAGUUACGGGCCACCGCAAGGGGCCCCUAAUGUGCCAUACCCCACGGGCCCUUUUAACAUGCCCAUGCCAGGAAUGUAUAAAAACCAUUUCUGAGAUACCUGUGCAUGUUUUUGGAAUCUAUACAUGUGACAUUAUAUUUUAAACCCAAAUUAUGUUUUAUUGUGUCUAAAGAAUUGCCUGUUGGCAUCUAAAAGAAUAUGUGGCACUUGAUAGUAGGUCUGAAGUGUUUCAUAUAUAUAGUGAUGCUAUCUAUCAUAUUUUAUUUUAAAGUAUGUCUUCUAGUUCUAGGAUAAAUAAAGAGGCCUUGUUUUUAUGAAGAUUUUGUUUUAACCACAUGCAGUUAUUGCCUCCAAAUUGUAUGUCUGGCCACAUCAAAUACAGGUGUUAAUAAUUAUGAUUAAAUUUUC